AUGGCGCCGUUUCUAUUCCAAGGUGGUCAUGUCAUUGGUGGAAAUACGACGAUGCCAUUUGGUUCUGGUUCUCCAGCUGCGCCAGGAUUUGGCUAUGGAGCAUGGAGUGGGAUGUAUCCACCACAUCAAGCGCCUACAACAUCAACGAGCGAUGAUUGCCUGAAGAAGGGUGGAGGUUUUCCAGGAAUGCCGAUUGGAGGUCCAGGAACGGUUUCAACGAAUAUGUUUUCUACAUCACCCCCAUUUCCGUAUCAGAAUCCUAUGCUGGGCGUUACGAAUAGUCUGUCGAACUUGUCGAUUGGUGGGCAGCAGAUCACGAGUCCGCUGCGUCCGGAUCAGCCCUUCCCUGGUCAAUCCAAUGCGUUGCCAAAUCUAACGGCUCCUCACAUGAUGUAUAUGCAGUACAACCAGUCCAAUCCGCAAACCCCUACGCUUGGCAACAGUCCAACAUUCUUUGGAAGUGCAAUGAAUGGCAUACAAAACAUGAGUUUGGCACCAGGCAGCGCUUUGACGGGUUAUGGUGCUUCUCGUACACCAUUCUUCAAUCCACAGCCUCAACCAAAUAAUGUGCCAGCGUUCAAUGGGAUGCAUCAGAGAAGACUUAUGGAUGAAGCUGGACCGAGGUCUGUUGAUUUUCCUAAUAGGGAUUAACA